AUGGAUGUUGACCAGGAGCUUUGGGCGGUCCUGGAUAUGUGCACCGAUGACGAGUUAGAAGCGUUGUACAACAUCCUGCACUCGACUUCUCCUUUUAGCCCCAUAAUCAAAAGCUUGCUGGUUGAGCGCGAUGAGCCGGCUCUGGUAUCCCUCCGCGGCCGUCGCAGUGUGAUGCACAAGGUGGAGGCGCACUUCCGUUUCCUGGCGGCGGACUCGGUGCACCUGCUGCGGGGAGCUCGGCCCAGCUACCGGGAGGUGCUCCUCAACGUGAGGGACAAGCUCGACAUCCGUUGCUCGCGUAACCUGUCCACCUUCGAUCUGGAGACGGAGAUUUUCCUCCACGUGCUCAACAACUGUGCGGACUACGUCCGCUCCCCCGAACACUCCUCAGCCGCGGCGGCGGCCGGAGUGGACCCCUCCCUGGCGGCGUCGUUCGCAACACUCAACAACGUCGACGUCGCACCAGCGGCGGCGGCGGCGGCAUCAGCCGCCGGAGGCGGCGGCGCCGCCAGGAGCGGCCCCGCUGGGUCGACGACAUCAGGGGCGGCGGCGGCGGCGGCGGCAGCAUCUAAUCCGAACUGGACGGAGCGCCUGACGGCGCCCUUCCGUCUGGGACUUAAGGACUUGGCUCCCACGCUGCUCAACCUGGCCGGGGUGGUGACGGUCACCAAGGUGGGUCAACAAGCCACUCAGCAGCUAGCCGCCAACCUGCUGUGCUCACACGUCAAGUACCAGGCGGCGCUGAGGGCGGCGACAGCGGGGGUGGGCGGGCUGGCGGCCAAGGGCGCCAUGGCGGGAUGGGGCAAGCAGGCCAUGCUGGAGGCUGCGCAGCGCAGCCUCACCGCCGCCACCGCCCGCUACUCGGCCCUCCGCGGCGCUCUGUCCUUCCUGGGUCCGCUGCUGUGGGGCUGGCUGGCAGUGGACCUGGCGCUGAAGGCGGUGGGGACGGACUACGCUCGGGUGGUGCGGGCGGUGUUCCUGCUGUCGCAGGUGCGUCUAGUCCGCACUCACGGUUUCGUGUCGUCUGAGAUGGAGCGGCUGAGGGAUCACUCGUUUGGCUCUGGGGGCCGCGAAGAUGAGGAUGACGACUACCAGGAUCCGGGAGCUGCCGCCUUCUUUUUCUGA